CCUAUCCAAAAUGGCGGCACGUUUGACGCGUCUGUUCGUGAAAGGCUCACUUUCGUCAGAGGUCAGAGGUUACGGCUUCCAGUCAACAAACAUGGCGUGCACGGUGAAGGGAGAGCUGAAGUGUAAAGACGGGAGAACGAGCAGGUUCACGGUGGAGGCGGAGAACAGUUUAAAAUCCGUCAUUGAAGGAGUGAAGAAGAUCAACUCGGAGAUCUCGGUGGUUUUAACGGGGCUCGUGGAGGAGGAGGACGGGGUCAGUGCGGAGGGAGGAGAGUGUCACGCGCACGAUGAGGAUGAGGAGGACGAUGAGGAGGAGGAGAGUGAUGAAGAAGGUGCAGCUACAGAGAGCACUGAAGUUAAAGUAAAGCCUGAACCUCCAGCGAAGCGUCUGAAGACCAUCACACCAUCCUGACCUCCACGCCUCUGCCCUUGUCCUAAAAACUGACCAGGAUUUAUUUUUGUUACUCUUGAGAAAUGAAGCUUCGGUGUAGACACGAGGGUAAAAAGAUUUAAAUACAAAAGAAGUGUCAAGUGCUGAGGGAACUUCAUGAUUGGAAACUAAACAACGUUUUUCCUGUAAAUAAGCAGAAAUAAAAAAUACAAAACAAAUAUCAGUUUUUUUUAAUAAAGACGUAAAAAUGUG